AUGGCCUGCGAUGCAUACUACUCUGAGCAUGAUGUUUUACAUCCGCCAAAAGACCGCUGCGCGCUUCGGGAGAUUGAAUCGCGGACCGCGCGGGAAGUUGCAAUUAUUGGAAUGUCGACGACACUUUUCGGUGUCGCAAAUUUACUGGUCGCUGCGUGGUGCAUCAAAAGACUGGGUGUCAAAACUGCGUUGUUGAUCCAAAUAUUCUGGCCAGCCGUGCGAUUGGCAAUACAGAAUUGGGGUGCAAUGACGGGCGGGGCAAGAGGUAUCUUGAUCAUGCAGGCGAGUCAAAUUAUCACUAUUGUGGGGGGCCCGAACGGGUACGUCCUCGCACUGAAUUCCUUCGUCACGGAUGUCGUCAAUCCAGAGGCACGGACAGGAGCACUGGGUCAGAUCCAAGGUUGCAUGAUGCUAGGUGCGGCCGUUGGCUUUCUUGUCGGAGGUGUUGUUGGUGAUGCCUUCGGCAUCCUAGCACCCUUCCGCAUAACACUCUUGCUCUUUCUGCUGUGCUGCGUAUACGUUGCGCUUGCAUUGCCAGCACUACCUAUCGACAAGAAAAACACAGGUACGAGAAAGAAGCCCGUAGGACUUAUGCGCUUCUUUGGACCGCUGGGAAUUUUCGCACCUCAGAAGUGGACGCUGCGAGAUGGACGCACCAGCAGGCAAUAUGGUGCGCUGAUGCUGGGCAUAGGCGUGUUCCUGGCUAUACUUGCGACCGGAUAUCUCAACACCCUGCUGCAGAUGUAUGCCACCACUGCAUUUGGCUUUGGCACUUCGGCCAAUGGGUACUUGAUCUUCAUGUACUCCUCUUUACGAGGAUUGUACCUGUACCUAGCUUUUCCACGCAUCAUCAAUAUCGGUCGCAGGUGGCUACAGCCUCCCAAUGGCGAAGCAACCAAGAUCGAGACAGCGGCAUCAGAGCCCGCGGGAACAUCACCAAAUGAGGUCGAGAUUGCGGAUCCUAUGGACGCUGAGACCGAACCACUCAACCCGCCACAGCGCGAGAAUGAGGAGGAGACUUUUGCAUUCGACUUACUCUAUGCGCGAUGCAGCUUGCUCGUGGACGGUAUUCUAACCGGCCUCUGCGUCUUCGUAUCGGAAGGGUGGCAGAUGUAUAUUGUAGCGGUUUUGUUACCGCUCGCAGCAGGCACAGGAUCUGCAUCUAAGGGUAGUAUAUUGCAGAUGAUUCCGAGCAAAGACCGUGUGGAUGCUUUGAGUGGCAUUACGCUCGUGGAAAACAUUGCGCGGUUGUCGACUAGUAAGUAUACAUCCACAUUCUUUUCAUUACACGGUGUCAAGAAAGCUGACAAUGAGAAGUCUCGGUGUUCGGAUUCGUAUUCGCCGCUUUGGCGGAAGUAG